AUGCUUGCUAGGGUUAUUAAUUCGCUGCCGUUGAGGCUGUCGCAAGGAAUAACGAAACUUUAUUUUCGAGCUUUAACUUGGAAGCAACAAGGAUUUCAUAGUAUUCAGGAGCAUCUCGAGUAUAAUAAAAUGGAUGUCAAAAUUUUACCUGCUUUGCAAGACAAUUACAUGUACUUAAUUGUAGACAAGGCUACAAAAGAAGCUGCUAUAGUUGAUCCUGUAGAGCCUAAUACUGUGCUGAAAGCUGUGCAAGAACAUGGUGUUAAGCUUACAACAGUUCUGACUACACAUCACCACUGGGACCACGCUGGAGGCAAUGAGAAUCUAGUUAAAAUGCAACCAGGUUUGCAGGUAUAUGGUGGUGAUGAUCGUAUAGGAGCGCUAACUAUUAAAGUUCAGCACAAUACUAAAUUUAAUAUUGGUCGCCUUAAUGUGCAAUGUUUGUUUACCCCAUGCCAUACUUCUGGACACAUCUGCUAUUUUGUCACAGCUCCUGAAGAAGGCGAAGAUUCUGCUGUGUUUACUGGUGAUACAUUAUUCUUGGGCGGUUGCGGCAGAUUCUUUGAAGGCACAGCAGACCAAAUGUAUCAUGCUUUAAUUGAAGUCCUAAGUAGGCUUCCAAACGAAACAAAAGUGUUCUGUGGCCAUGAAUAUACAUUACAAAACUUAAAAUUUGCAUUACAUGUCGAACCGGAUAAUGAAAAUGUUAAAGAAAAAAUCAGUUGGUCAAAACAGCGCAGAGAAGAUGGGAAGCCAACAGUGCCUUCAACAAUUGCUGAAGAAAAGUUAUACAAUCCGUUCAUGAGAGUAAUGGAGGCAGCAGUCAUGAAACACGCAAACAAAACUGAACCAAUAGAAACUAUGAAAGCAAUCCGCCUUGAAAAAGAUGGCUUUAAAGGUUAA